CAUUUAAAAUAAAAUAGAUAGACCUCCAGACAUCUGAGGAGGUCUUACAAUCCAUAUUCGUAGAUUACAAUAAGGCAUUAGCAGAUUACCUCUUUUGGAGAAUAACUACAGCAAGGCGGAGUCGCAUCGUCACGUAAUUCUUCAGUGGAACGCGCGAGCGACGUCUUUUCGAAAGACUCAUGAAAGCGAAGCGCUGGGCCUAUGCCGCUGGCGUUGAGAACUACGUGCGCCGUAGGCGCUGGCCUGCUGGGAACGCUGGCUGCUUCCUCAGCCAAGCUGGCUUUGGGCGAUGAUUACUUGAGGGCUGCUUGCCAAGCCAUUCUCGGGGAAGAAGAGAUCACCGGGGAAGCCUGUAUCUGGGUAUCCAUAAUACUUGGAAUAGUUUGUGGUGGUCUAGUGUUUGUGUGCAAUGCCAUAAUGUGGACUUUGUUUGCUAAAGCUUUAAGAUAUUCCUCCUCCUCAGCUGCAGUAACUGUGACAUCAACAACAUCCAACUUCAUCUUUUCAGCCUUUUUAGGAAGGCUGUUGUUUGAAGAAAUAGAUGACCUGUUAUGGUGGAUCGGAAUAUCCAUUUCUCUCCUUGGACUUCUGUUACUUCACACAGCAUCAUCUCUACCAGAACAGCAAAUCUGUCUGAAGAAGAAAAAUAAAUAGAAUGUAAUAGGCUUUUAAUUCACAACACAGGAAAUGAAUAAACAAAUAAAACAGGACUCCAGGUUUAGUGGAAAUACAGAAUUGCCAUGAUGUCCUUAUAGUAGAUAUUGUUGUGCUGGAUACUCAAAAUACUUUAAUCACACUGAACUACUGCAAAACAACCAUAAACAGAAUUUUGGAAAAAAGUGACCUUUGAGGAUAUUUGGUGAAUAAUUAUCACACAAUUUACCAUGAUCAACUGGAAUAAAAGAUCUUUCACAAUUCUUAAGAAAGAUAUGGUACUAAAUGCAAUAUGUUUCCCCCUUUUCUAUGUUAAGCUGACUAAUCACCAAGAAAGAGUAAGAAAUAAAUUGGUAAAUAAAUGUAUGUGAGUUUUUGCGCUAGUCCUAUGCCUAAUAAUAUCUCCAGGGUCAUAGCUGUUGGAUAUUUCUCCAUCCUCAGAGAGGCCAACUUAAUAGGAUCUGAUUUUGGUUUGUUUUAUUGUUAAUCUGUGCAAACAAGAACUUCCUUCUUCUAGGGUAGGUUCAAAUAUAGGCAAGAGAAGUCUGCCUCUUCUUUAUGGGGUUCCCUGAGGUCUGCUUUCUCUAUUCUACAUGAAGCUGCUAGAUUGAGUUAUCUAUAGAUAUGGGGUUAAGUAUUCUCUAGUUGUAUAUCUCUACUUCUGACUGUUGGACUCAACUCCCAAAAUUCUUUAUGGCCCAUCAGUCUAGAAAAUUAUUAUUGAAAAUGUGUAUUUACAUCUUACCUGUAUGUUAGGUAAGCUCCCCAUUGGGAGAGCGAGUACGUUCAGAGAAGCGUGUGAGA